CCAGGGUACAUGGGGCGCCAGAAGGUUAUAACACGACUUCACUGAACACACGUGGUUGGUCCGUCGGAUCCCUCGAGCAGCUGGAGGGAUGCCGGCCAUCUGUAGGAGGAAUUGCCCCUCUUCUCCGUCAAAAUCUUCAUCCCGUGUCCCACGAACUACGUCGAUCGGCGCAUUGGUGAAGAGCGGCUCAAGAACUUUGAUUUUUCUGGGUCGACCAUCAAGAUUUUGUUCUUCAUCCUGUUCUUCGUCAUCUUCCGAGUCACCAGGAGGCCCAUAUGACUUUGUCUCUUUUUCCCUCACGCGUUUCAGUCUACUAUGAUAUCGAUUUUGCAAGCGAUGCUGUUCGCAACGGCGAUAUUUGUAGUGACCAGAGAGAAUUUUAUGGCAAUGAGACACUGUACACAUUCGAGCAGGAAG